AUGUACUCUGCCCAUCGACUGGCUAGUCACUGGAUUUCUGGGGCGCGAGUUGCCUGGUUGCCUGGCGCAAGUAAAUUCCUCGCGCUAGUGAUUCGCAUUCGACUUAACUUGUACCAGCACCCCGUCGAUCUUCCUCCUACAUCGCUCCCCCAACCUCUACCCAAGGAUUCCUCCGACGACAUCUUGACAGUCACCAGACCAAGAGAAUACACCCGCAAGCACCAAAAUCCCAUCGAGCUCAGCACACGCCUCUACUUGCCAGUUGCGAGCAUCAACGUCGUCAACAUGCCUGCCGCCGGUCGCGGAGACCCGCUGACCAAGACCACUAACUACAACUGGACCGACGAUGAGUACAGUACGCUCCACAUCAUUCAAGUCGAGCAUGCCUACCUCGAAGGACCGGAUAUUACGCGGCUCUGGCACCAGCGAUUCCCACAGCACAUGAGUCAAGGCCGCGAGUACAAUGCCACCAAGUUGAAGGAGACCUGGCAGUUCCGCCACUACAAGGGAAAGUCCGCGAAGUGGAAGACGAUCGCGCGCCCAAACCGCAGACCAGAAGGAGAGGAUCAGACUCAGCACACGGCACAAGAGCAGGCGCACUUCCAAACACUCCGCCAGGAGUUGCAAACUGCUGCAAACGCUUGUACGCCUCCCAUCACUCUCCAGGCUCCUACGGCUCCAGUCGACUCUGGUAUCAUGUGUGGCUGCAAUGCCUGUCAGCGCAAGGUCCAGGGGCGCGACACUGCAGCUGCUCAGAGCGAUGCUGUGAAGGACAAGAAGGGCAAAGGGAAAGCCCGCGGCAUCAGCGCAAAGGCGAGCAGUGUGAACGGAGUCAGCAAGAAGACCGACAAGGAGUCUGCUCGCAACAAGCGCCCAGUCAAGAAGAGUUCAGCGCUCGGAGACAAGCAGCCGCGCUCACGCCGUGAGAUGAAGCGUCCCAUCUAUGCUGAUCCUAGAAGCGAGAGCGAUGAAAAUGAUGCCGAGAUGGAAGAGGAAGAGAUGGAAGAGGGCAGCGAUCCUGACGCCAUGGACCUGGAUGACGACAAUCUCAUUGAUGAGCCCACACAACCGACCUCUCGUCCACAGGACGCAGUUCCUGGAUUGGGUAUGCCGGCCGCCUCGAUGAGGAAUGGAGCAAUGUCUAAGAAGUUGUCCACCAUCGCUUUGAGUGAGAGCAAGCCGGCGACUCACAUGAAUACUGGACCAUCUCGGUACAACGGCCAGGAUCGUGCUACCUCGAACCAAUUCAACCUUGGCAAUGCAUCUUCUAGGCCGGGAGCACACACCAUGUUGUCGAUCCGCACAUCUCAAGUCAACGCCGCUGCUCCGGAAAACGCUCGGAGUCAGUCAGACAGAAGCUCAAGCGGCGGAAAGACAGCUACGAAGCCAUCUGGAGCGUCUCAUCCUCAUGGGAAGAAGGUGGACGAGCCAGCCGUCGACUUGGCCAACGUUGAGCGCGCCGAGGGAUCUCUCCGUAUGGUCCACUACAAGAACCUCUUCGUGGCAGACGACAAGCUCCGCCUCCAAGACGGAUUCACCUUGGUGAAGCAAGACACCCCUCUCUACCGCCACGGCGGUCAAGUGAUGAUGAUCGCCCCAUCGCUCCAAAAACCAGGCCCAUUCAUGGUCUGCGACACCAACAAGUGUACUGGCUGCAAGCGCAAAGCAGAAAAGAACUUGGAAUCGCCAACCGAAGGCUUGCCAUUUGUUCACCUGCGCCAGUGUCUUCGCGAUGAACAUUCUGGCCGUCUUCUGUUCCAGCCAGAGGAUAUCUGCGAGAACCUCCCGGCGUCUUCUGAUCAGCCGCUUGACCUCGCGAACGUCGUCAUCGUCUGUCCUGGCUUGGGAGCGAAGGUGUACCGCGUUGUGGUGUGCGAUGUCAAUGGCUGCACGUACUGUAGCCAACGCGAAGCUAGGGGCCUUCCACGAGGGCUUUCGGACAUCACAUUCAAUCAGACGCCAUCGCUCUACGGAAAAAGGAAGGUCGCUGAACAUGAUUACGAACUGAACAGGAUCGCGUGCUGGAAAUCGCGGCGCUGUACGUCUGGACACGAAUGGCAAACGAGCAUCAGGAUAGGAAGCUAUGGGCAGGAGAACUGGGAAGAUUUGCCAACAACCUCAGGAGCAUCGGAUUAG